AUGUAUGUAUGUAUCUAUCUAUCUAUCUAUCUAUCUAUCUAUCUAUCUAUCUAUCUAUCUAUCAGAUUCUAUUCCUAUCUGUCUGUCUAUAUAUCUAUUAAACGUAUUCUGUUCCUAUCUAUCUAUCUAUCUAUAACUUGGUCUGUUAGUAUCUAUCUAUCUAUCUAUAACUUGGUCUUAUCUAUCUAUCUAUCUAUAACUUGGUCUAUUAGUAUCUAUCUAUCUAUAACUCGGUCUGUUAGUAUCUAUCUAUCUAUCUAUCUAUCUAUCUAUCUAUCUAUCUAUCUAUUGUACCGCUCCCGCAUUUCUUUUUUUAACUUACGAACGGAACCAGAAUUUAGAAAAACAAAAAUUUUCAAAUCUCUUUAUUUUUCCCUUCACUUUUAUGAAACACACGUUUCACCCUUUUCUUUGGAUUUCAUUUUUUUUUUCUCUCUUGCAAAUAUUGACUUUUUGUGUAUUUCCCUCACGUUAACUAAAGGCCGAGGCUAUUCUUCUUCUGCAGCCACCACCACCCCCUCCUCCUCCUCCUCCUCCUCUGUCGGUCGAUUUCUCGAUCUGCCUCGCUUUCUGGAACACGCACAUGAUGAUUCGUCUAAAACAUCCAACAAACCUCAAAAGACUCACACACAGUCAAAAGUUUGGUGA